AAUACUUGCAUUUGCCAUUAAAUUACGGCUAUCUGCAUUGCAAUAAAUUCUUUAUUUCUUUCAUCAGGAAAACAUCAGACCAACGAGAAAUUCAGCUAACUACAGAAGGAGCAAUGAUCCAUGCAACCCCCAACAAUCACCCAGAACAAGAAGAAGAUCAAGAAUCCAAUAUCCUUAUUCCUUUGUCAUCAUCAACGGCUACCCAUGAUUACGUUCAUGAAGCCCGUGAGAAAAUCUUGGCUCUGGAAAUUGAAACAGAGGAGCCAUCAUCAUCCCAUGGUAAUUCCGACGAAGAAGAGGCAAAAGCACCAGCAUUUUCCUGGAGGAAGCUAUGGGAAUUUACUGGGCCGGGCUUUCUAAUGAGCGUGGCAUUUCUUGAUCCGGGAAACUUGGAGGGUGAUCUGCAGGCUGGGGCUAUUGCGGGCUACUCACUUUUGUGGUUGUUGAUGUGGUCUACUGUGAUGGGACUUUUGAUCCAGCUCCUGUCUCUGAGGCUGGGUGUCGCCACGGGCCGGCACUUGGCUGAGCUGUGUAGGGAGGAGUACCCCUAUUGGGCUGGGCUUUUGUUGUGGUUAAUGGCUGAGCUGGCAUUGAUCGGAGCUGAUAUUCAGGAGGUGAUUGGCAGUGCUAUAGCCAUAAACAUUUUGAGUCAUGGGGUCUUUCCUCUUUGGGCUGGUGUCCUCAUUACUGCUGCUGAUUGUUUCAUCUUCUUGUUUCUUGAAAACUACGGAGUUAGAAAACUAGAAGCUGUUUUUGCUAUCCUAAUCACAACAAUGGCACUAUCUUUUGCCUGGAUGUUUGCUGACACAAAGCCUAGCACUAAAGAACUCACACUAGGUCUUUUAGUACCAAGACUGAGCUCGAAGACGAUUCAGAAAGCAGUGGGAGUUGUCGGUUGUGUCAUAACCCCUCACAAUGUCUUUCUUUAUUCUGCUUUGGUGCAGUCAAGGAAGAUUGACGCCAAAAAUAAAGGGAAGGUCAAAGAGGCUCUCAAUUACUACACCAUUGAAUCUUGCAUUGCUGUUCUUGUCUCUUUCACUAUUAAUUUGUUUGUCACAGCAGUCUUUGCAAAAGGAUUUUAUGGCAGUUCACAAGCCAGUACUAUAGGCCUGGUGAAUGCAGGGCAAUAUCUUCAACAGAGGUAUGGUGGAGGUUUGUUCCCUAUUCUCUAUAUCUGGGGCAUUGGGCUUCUGGCAGCUGGCCAAAGUAGCACCAUGACUGGUACAUAUGCUGGACAGUUCAUAAUGGGAGGUUUCCUCAACCUUCGUAUGCAAAAAUGGAUGCGAUCAUUGAUUACCAGAAGUUGUGCCAUUGUACCAACCAUAAUUGUGGCUAUUGUCUUCAAUAGAACUGAAGAUUCGUUGGAUGUCUUGAAUGAAUGGCUUAACGUGCUUCAGGGUAUGCAGAUCCCAUUUGCCCUCAUUCCACUGCUCACAUUGGUAUCGAACGAGCGUGUCAUGGGAGUCUUCAAAAUUGGAACUGCUAUGGGGAGAACUGUCUGGACCGUGGCUGCCCUUGUGAUAGUGAUAAAUGGAUAUGUUUUGCUGGACUUCUUUAAAUCUGAAGUUGAAGGACCAUUAUUGGGAUUGGUGGUCUGUCUGGGGACAUUAGCAUAUUUGGCUUUCAUUUUAUACCUCAUCUCACAUGGUGGUAGCCUGCCUAUGACCAAUCUGUUCAGCCACAUGCACUCUACUGGAUUUGCCCAGCUCAAGAGCUGAGCCAACGAUCCUUUUGCCAGAUGAAUAAAAUGGAACUCCAUAACACCCAUCACUGAAAAGCCUUGUUGCAUUACAACAGUGCCAGGAAGCCUUUGUCAGAAUUGGCUAUGCCGUAUCAGGUGACGUAAGUGCACAUCAAGACUCAGGAUUCAAGUGCGAGAGCUGAGAACUGCUCUAUACUACUUUUGAGCAUGUCCUGCUACAAUCAUGGUAUAAAAGUUUGUUGACUAAUUGAGAAUCUUUACUGCGCUCUUGAGUUUUUGACUCGAGUCAUUAAGUGCAUGCAUGACAAAGUGAAUCAACUGCUGAAAAUACAACGGAAAAUCACUACUAUGUUCAGAGGGUGUGGAGUAAGAAGAAGACAUGCACAUGUUUGGAGGAUAGUGUCGUUUAGUAAUGGGUACGGGCAGUUUUACUCCAUUGCCAGGGAACUAAUAUCUUGUUUGUUUGUUAUUAUAUGUAUAAAGCUAGUAGGAGUUAAUUGAUUAUAUUUGAUACCUAAGAAGUUUAGAGAUUUAACUGUCAUGUCAUUAGCAUACAGCUGAAUUGUAUCUUUUGAGAAAAUGAAAUUUAUGGUUUGCUUGAA